AUGGGAGGAUGUCAAGUCUCCGACAACUUCGACAUUUACGUCGAAAAUGGCCCAUUGUCGCCAUUCAGUGUCGUCACUCGAAGAGAUACGUUGGAUUUGGACAGGAGUGGGCUGACCAAGAUGAAAAAGUCUGUCAAGGCUCUGUACAACUCUGGACUGACACAUGUAGCGAAUGAAGCAUACCUGUCAGAGAAUUUAGAACGACUGGGAAAUAUUGCUAAAACUAGGGAUCAAGAAUCUGAAAUCUGUGCAGCGUUUGUUAAGUUUUCUCAUGUCACUAAAGAAUUGUCUGCUAUGAUGAAGAACUUGAUGCAGAGUCUAAACAAUAUUGUUCUGUAUCCACUAGAUGCUUUUCUGAAAGGAGAUUUAAAAGGUGUUAAGGGAGAUCUAAAGAAACCAUUUGACAAGGCAUGGAAAGACUAUGAAUCCAAAUUCACUAAAAUUGAGAAAGAGAAAAAACAGCAAGCCAAAGAAGCUGGCAUGAUUCGAACAGAAGUUUCUGGAGCUGAGAUUGCUGAUGAAAUGGAAAAAGAAAGAAAAAUGUUUCAGCUGCAAAUGUGUGAGUACCUGAUUAAAGUAAAUGAAAUAAAGACUAAGAAAGGAGUGGAUCUGUUGCAGUAUUUAGUGGAAUAUUAUCAGGCACAAUCUAAUUUUUUCCAAGAUGGAUUGAAGACUAUUACUCAUUUUCACAGUUUUGUUGAAGAGCUGGUUCAUCAGCUUCAUGAAAUCAAAACAAGGCAAGAUAAAGAACGGAAACAGCUGAUAGAAUUACGCGACUCACUUAAAAGCAAUAUGACAAUUAAAGAGCCUACAGCAAACUCGGCGCCAUCUGGCUACAGUCUCCAUCAACUUCAAGGCAAUAAGAUUCACGGAAGCGAGAAAAAUGGCUACCUGUUAAAAAAAUCUGAAGGUCGUAUGAGAAGAGUCUGGCAGAAACGGAAAUGUGGUAUAAAUAAUGGAAUAAUGUCAAUCAGCCACCAGGAUGAGAGUAAAGAUCCUGUUAGAUUAAAUCUACUGACGUGCCAAGUUAAGUUAAUACAUGACGACCCUGGAAAAAAAUGUUUUGAUUUGGUCUCAUCUUCAAAUAACCGCACAUAUCACUUACAAGGUGAUGACACAAGAGAUAUGGAAGAAUGGAUAUCAGUAUUAAACAAUGCUAAAGAAGAUGUAUUAUUAAAGGCGUUCCAAGAUUCUACCAACUCCCCUUCGAUGAAUCAAAGUGUUCGAGAAUUAACUUCCAGUAUUAUAGAUCGGGUCAAACGGUUGCCUGGCAACAGAUUUUGCUGCGACUGUGGCUGUCCAGAUCCUGAAUGGUUAUCAACAAACUUAGGUGUUAUACUUUGUCUAGAGUGCUGUGGUAUCCAUCGAGAAUUGGGUGUCCAUAUUUCACGAACCCAGAGUAUUGUCAUAGAUGACUUGUGCACUUCACAAUUACUGUUAUCGAGAGUGGUAGGAAAUACAUCCUUCAAUGACAUUAUGGAAGCUACCCUAGAUACUACAAUCAAACCUAAAUCUUCUAGUCCAAUGUCAGAUAAGAGAGAUUUUAUUCGUGCGAAAUAUGAACAGCAUAGAUACGCCAUUAUAACAUGUCCUGUUAAAGAGGAACUGAAACAGGACCUGAAACAGGCUAUAUUAUCUAAAGAUAUCUUUGCUUUACUACAAGUCUAUGCUGAAGGUUUGGAUCUGAUGACCACCUUACCUGAUUCUCACGAGAAUGAAACAGCGUUACAUUUAGCAAUAAAAGAAGAAGAUGGAACUUCUUUACCUUUAGUUGAUUUUAUAGUUCAAAAUAGCCCAAUGAAAAAAGUUUGUAGUGGACUCCUCCAAAGAGAAGUACCAUCAGGUUCACUGGAUAAAAGGAACGCAGAUGGUGAUUCCGCGUUGCAUCUGUGCUCUCAGCUGAAUCAAACAGAAUGUAUGAAAUUAUUACUUCGUACACGACCUGAUUUAGCUAAAGUGGAAAAUAAGAACGGAGAAACGCCAUUAGAUGUGGCCCAAGAACUGAAUCAUCAAUUGUGUAUAGAAUUGAUAAACGCUGCAACAUCUGGUAAAAAGGAUCUGUUUGCUCAUGUAAACAUAGAUUGGGACCUGAUCUCUGAUGAGAGGAUGUAUGAUUUUGGAGAUUUUUCAGAUGAUGAACUGGAUGGUACACCAGAUAAAUCUAAACCAAGAUCACGACCCCCUAGUUUAAUAAUGAUACCAGAAGGCACGAGUCUCAGUGGGAAGGAGAGUAGUUAUAGUGGUAGAGACAGGACAGAUUCUGAGAGCAGCACCCGACUUCAUCCUCCUGCACCACCACCAGCACAAAAUAAACCAAAAAUCAGGAACAAGAAGCCCCCACCCCCUCCUCCACCCACCAGCUCUAGUGUUCAUGGUCACAGUCGGAAUCGGUCCGAACCAAAUGCUUCCUACUUGAUCCACAAGAGAACGUGUUCAGAUCCACCACCCAGACCAGUUCCUCCUGACUUCAGAAAUACCAUCAACAUCCCUCAAGGUGGUGUCGCCGUUUUGCCAACUUUACCACAUAGUGAUUCAAGUGACAAGCCACCAUCAAACCCAAGGUACUCAAGAGGCACCUCACUUAUAGAAGGACAGCGUUGUCGAGCUCUCUAUGACUGUGAGGCGGAUAAUGAGGAUGAAUUGUCAUUUAAAGAAGGGGAGAUAAUCGUUAUUUUACGAGAGGAAGAAGAGGAGUGGUGGGAAGGGGAGAUAGAAAAGGAACCAUUCAGAAGAGGACUGUUUCCUGUCAGUUUUGUCAAGAUUUGUCCUGGAUGA